AUGCCAAAAGAUGUUUUUACCUUCAUUCGUCUUUUUGUGCUCUUACUCAGUUUCUCCACUAUUUGUCUGGGAGUCCUUUGCAUUUCCACAAAUUCCUUCAUGUGCAGAUGUGGAAAUAAUGAGCUAGUGUUUUAUUGCCUGGUAGCUCUGGGGUUCUUUCUCCUUGUUACUGGCAUUUUCUGGAGCACUUUCCAUGAAGUCCUGAAAUACAGGGCCCUUGGCAUCAUCAUGCGAAAUCCCAGCCACCAAGAACUAUGUGUCUGCACCAUAGACAGGCCUGACUUCUAUCCUCCCUCGUAUGAAGACUACACAGAUCCUGAAAAACAGACUUCCCCACUGUCAAUUGCCUUCACAGUAAAACAGGAAGAAGCCAUCAGUGUCCCUCCACCUCUAUAUAGUGAAAACAGUGCAGAGUUCAUCAGUGAAACAAAUGAGCAGGAACAGCCACCACCAUAUGAAUUAUGUGUGCAGCAGGUAAGGCAGCAGCAAACAGCUGACCAAGACUCAAACCCCGGACUGGAGUCAAAUUCUCAUAUAUCCAUGCAAGAAAUCAGUUACCACCUGGAUAUAGGCUUCCAGGGAACCUCAGAAGGAGUGACACCUGUCAAAAUAUGGGUAGCCAGUAAAAUUCCACAUCUGUGA